CCAUCUUGUUAUUGUUGUGGUGGACUGUACCAGCUGUUGACAGUGUGGUUACCUGGAGGCUUGGGAUCACUUCAGGGUGUUGUACUGACUUAUUGUGGUGAUACACAGCCACAUAUUGAGAGACGGGGAGUCCAGACUGUAAUGGAGAUAGCACGCUCCCUCUUUGGGAACCGUGCCCCAGACGGUUACACAGAUGGCACCACACACGUCCAUAUUGAGACCGCUGCUGAUGAUGAUGACAAUGAUGAUGUGUUCUUGCCAGACACUCCUGAGGGUCUGAGUACAGGUAUAAGAAUUGGGAGUUGUGUAACAGAACCAUGCUCGGGAGGCCCCUUCUCCGCCAUCACUCCGUCCAUGUGGCCGCAGGACAUCCUCACCAAGCUCUCUCAGCAAGACCACCACCAUGACCCUAACCACCAGCCAGAUUAUAGGUUCGAUGAGUUUGGGUUUCGUGUAGAGGAAGAAGACGGGCCAGAGCAGAACAGCAAGAAACUCCUGAGUCAACCUUUUGUAGAGGAUCCUCAACACAGAUUACAGUGGAUAGCAUAUCUGGAGUUCAGUCACAGUGAUGAGGUUGGUGAGCUGACAUGGGAACAUGUGGAUGUACGGUUACCUCGGACUGACAAGCUGCGUGGGAUGGUCAGGGCAGGAGUCCCACACUCCCUCCGUCCACAACUGUGGAUGAGGCUGUCCGGUGCUCUUCAGAAGCAGCAGCAGUCAGAUAUCUCAUACCGGGAGGUGGUCAAGGCCUCCAGUAAUGAUGCGCUCAUGACAAGUAAACAGAUAGAGAAGGAUCUGCUACGUACUAUGCCCACCAGUGCUUGCUUCUCUCAGUUCACCUCUACUGGCAUCCCUCGCCUAAGACGGGUGUUACGUGCGUUGGCCUGGUUGUACCCAGACAUUGGGUACUGCCAGGGCACGGGGAUGGUGGCUGCAUCCCUCCUGCUGUUCUUAGAGGAGGAGGAGGCUUUCUGGGUCAUGUGUACAAUAGUAGAAGACCUCCUGCCUGCCUCCUACUACUCCUCCACACUUCUGGGUGUGCAAGCAGAUCAGAGAGUCCUGGCUGCCUUGGUGUCCACCUAUCUGCCGGGUGUUGAGUCAGUGGUGCGGGAACACGACAUAGAACUGUCGCUGAUAACGCUACACUGGUUUGUGACGGUGUUUGCGUCGGUGCUGCAUAUGAAGAUCCUCCUCCGAGUGUGGGAUCUCUUCUUCCUGGAUGGAUCAAUUGUCCUCUUCCAGGUCACUCUUGCCAUGCUCAAGAUUAAAGAAGCAGAACUUCGCAGCUUGGAAAAUUCUGCACAGAUAUUCAACGCACUCUCGGAUAUUCCUGGUGACGUUGAUGAUGUAGAAUGUUUGUUUAAGGUAAUGGAGAAUGUGUGUGGAAGCUUAACAGAUGUAAUGGUUGAGACCCACCGGCGACGACACCUUGCAUACCUGAUGGCUGAUCACGGAGCCCUCAUCAACCCAGACCAUUCAACCAAUCUUCCUAAACAGCAUCUUAAUAGACGACAAGUGAGCAAAAGUAAAUCAAUGUUGGAGAUCAUUUUAUUUGGAGAUGACAGAAACGCAGACGACCUUCGCAACAAAAACAUCCGCCAGACAGAGCUGCUGGUGGAUCUGAGAGAGGCUAUACUACAAGUUGGCAGACACUUCCAAGGCAUCGAGCCAAACUUCACCUCUGCUACACUUACGCCAGAUUACUCCUUAGAAUCUCAUGCACAUGAUCUUCCCAAUUUUUUGGCCACAGCAAGGUCCAGACAUAGACGAGCUAAAGCAUUGCUUGAUUUUGAACGGCAUGACGAUGAUGAGUUGGGUUUUCGUAAAAAUGACAUCAUCACCAUUAUAUCCCAGCGUGAUGAGCACUGCUGGAUUGGAGAGCUUAAUGGUUUGAGAGGAUGGUUUCCUGCCAAGUUUGUGGAGGUUCUAGAUGAGCGCAGUAAAGAGUACAGCCGUGCUGGGGAUGAUGCCAUCAAUGCCUUAGUGACAGACCUAGUAAGAGGAACUCUCUGCCCAGCACUGAAGGCCAUUCUUCAACAUGGGAUGCGGCAAACUUCACUCUUAGGAGGGCCGUGUCAUCCCUGGUUGUUCAUCGAGGAGUCGGCAGCUCGGGAAGUGGAGCGAGAUUUCUCCUCUGUGUACUCUCGCCUGGUUCUCUGCCGUACAUUCCGACUGGAUGAAGAUGGCAAAGUGCUGACCCCAGAAGAGCUACUCUACCGAUGUGUACAAGCAAUCAACAUGAGUCAUGAUGCAGUACAUGCACAGAUGGACGUUAAACUGCGCUCAUUGAUCUGUCUGGGACUCAAUGAACAGGUUCUGCAUCUGUGGUUAGAGGUGCUAUGUUCAAGUGCGGACGUGGUUGAACGAUGGUAUCAACCGUGGUCCUUCCUUAGGUCUCCGGGCUGGGUGCAGAUUAAAUGUGAGCUUCGUGUAUUGGCUCAGUUUCCUUUCACCCUCAAUCCAGACUGGGAACUGCCGCCACCUCCUAACCAAGACCAGAGACCACUGCGCGAAGGUGUGCGUGACAUGCUAGUGAAGCACCACCUCUUCUCCUGGGAUCUGUAGUAUACGUAGAAACAGUAGCUCUGUUUCCAAGGGGUUACUUGUACCAUCACUGGAAUCUAAACCCUCUCGCAGGGGUUUUAGUCCAACAAAAAAAUUAUGACAAAUUUCUAAAACAUUUGAAUCAUGAUGGGAAAGUACAACAAAUAUUGAAAGACAGGAAUCAGAAAUUCACACAUAACAUUCCAACAAGGAUCUCCACUAAGUUAAGACAAAACAGAAUCUCUCUCUAUAAGGAAUAUGAUCUCCCCUACUGUACACAAAAAUAACAUUAUAAUUUUUCUUUUCAUAAAUACCGUAUUACCAUUUACAGCAUUUGUAUUUCUGAUUUGUAAGAUUCAGUGCAGAUUGACCUACAAAGUCCAUAUUUCUAAUUUACAUUUUUAAGUCGUGAAAAAAUGAUUAAUACAAUGAGGGAUCCAGCCCCCAGGUCCAAUGUGAUGGGUAAGGUGUCACUGUCCCAUGGCACAAGAUCUGACCUUACAUUACCUCGAGCCUUACAACCACCUGAUGAACACACUAACUGGAACAACCACAUGAUGAACACACUAAACAGAACAACCACCUGAUGAACACACUUAACAGAACAACCACCUGAUGAACACACUUAAUGAAGAAACCACAUGAUGAACACACUAACUGCACUUACUGGAACAACCACAUUAGGAUCACACUUAAUGGAACAACCACAUGAUAAAUACACUUAAUGGAACAACCACAUGAUGAACACACCCCCUCAAUGGAACAAAGAGCCGAUAUUUAUAUGUAAUUGUCUGCUCUGGAAAUUCCCAACCCCCUACACACUAACCCUCCACUUAACUAGCUCUGGAUCCCUCCCUGUACUAGUAGGUAACUUACACUUGAUUGCCAUUAGGGUGAAUUUAUUUUUCAUGUCAACUUAAAGGGUUUUAUUGGUCAUCUGUUUAUUAUAUACUUUUGUGAUCCUGAAUCAGUAGAAAUAUUGAAGUUGAGAUGAAAACUUUUGUGAGCUUGAAUACUGAGUCAGGUUCUUACACAUACCCUUCGUCUUGGGAAAGCUGUAUAUGUGAUGAGGAUUUUUUUUUUAUCUAUCUAAAUGACCAUUGGUUAUAGGUCAAAUGAGUAACCAUUAAUAUUGGGGACUGUUGGGAUUGGAGCUCAUUAUGACUGGGGGGCUGGGGUGUAUUAGCAUGUGUCCCUCUUCCUUGUAGUUUGCAUAGGACCCAUUAGUUCAGUCACUAUGUCCAUUCGCUUUGGAAAAAUAUAAUUGUGAUAGAUCAUACUAAUCUUAAUUUUAAUAUCUGCCAUGGUAGGUUUAUGUAGAUGAAGACAUGGGGAAGUGUGUGUGUGGAAUGUUCUUACUUGAUGUUCCAGCACUUUUCUGUCACUUUCUACACCUGUCUUGUGCUGCUUUCCUAUACACUUUUCCCCCUUUUUUUAGUUGUCUGUUUCCAUGAUUCACCCUACACAGACAUGGACAAGGAGUAAGAAUAAUAGAUUAAGUCGAUAAAAUCCCUAAUCCCUUAAUAUUUCAAGUAACAAUUUACAUUUGAAGAUAAAAUGGUAAUUUCAGAGGUACAAAGGGGCAUGAUACAUAUUUUGAGUACAUGUGGACACAGAAGACAUUAAGAGUGUGUGCUGUAUAAGGUAAAAAACAACAACAUUAGUGCCAUGUUAGCUGUGAACAUCUAAUGUAACCCAUAAACAAUGUUAAAAAAUUCACCAACAAUGUACAAAAAUUCUUCAGGUGAAUUUUUUGUACAUUGUUCAGGGGUCACCUGAAAGGUUCACAGUUGACAUGAUACUUAGUGGUUUUUUAUCCUGUUGGCACACUAUUAUGUCAACUGUACAUAAAUAGGUUAAGAAUGUAUGAUGCCACCUUUGUAACAAUCCCUUAGUUAUCUGCCAGAAUAAUAAUAAUUAUUGUUGUUGUAGGGUUUAUGUGAGGACUACAGCAGUGGCUGACAUAAUCAUGUGAUUUUCAAAGAUCACGUGUAUAAUUGAGGGCAAACAACAUUUUUUUAAUGUUAAAAUGAUUUUCCAACAUUAUUUCAAUGUUGAUUCGGUGUUGAAGCAAUGUUAAGUGUCCAACUGUAGCAUCUGUCUGUAGCAGUAUGAAAAUGUCAUCCUUGGUGGAAGAUCACCAACUGUACUUGUGACAGAAUCAGGGUUAUUAUCAUUUGAGUUGUGGGUCAUAUUGGCCCCAACCUGUUCUAAACAGACCAUUAAGACUAAGGUCUGUGAGGACUGGGCACCAAACCUAAUAGUUACGGUAGUCAUCUGACAACUCAUUGUCAUUUAUCACCAGAUAAAUGUAAAUUACUUAGAGCUUUUCCCUUUUGAACUGUGUAAUUUGAUAUUUCUGUUUAGUGACUUGGUAUAUUAUGGAAAACUAUACAGAGGUCUAGAGUUGGAUUAAUGGUGAAGAAAAUCAUUAAUGAUUUAUGCUUUCCCUACAGUAAGACAAGCUCUACAUCCCGCAAGUGAAAUGUGAAAAUGUCAAUGACAAAUAUGACAUUUUUCUUUUGUCAUGGAGUUGUUUGCUCCUUGACAAGAGAACACCACACCAUCUGUGUUGGUUAAUCAUUACCCCAGAACAUAGUAAGCUAUUCAAUUUACCCCCUUGUCCCUCUCAUAGUUUAGUCCUACUUAAGGUGAUCAACAGAAAUAUUUCAUUGUGCCUUUGUUUUCUCUCAAAAAUUAUUUUCAUGCAAAGUUUUUUCCUUAAAACAAAUAAGGUAUUGUAAUUAAAAUCCUGUGUGCUGUAUAUUACACUCACCAUGGCACAUGUUUUUAGUUUUUCUGCACCAACUACACAACAGCUUGUACCAUACUCCUAUCAUUAUUGUUGUCAGUUAACCCCUUCACUACAGGAAUGCCACUUUUAAUAUUUUAUUUGCCUAAUGCCAGAUGAUUUUAUUCAGCACAGAGGGGACCCUGUACACAAGGGGUUAAUGAUAGUGUUGUGGUAUAAUUAUAUGUUAACUUUGUACCUUUAAGUUUUUAAUGUCAAAUUUCAGUAAUGAAACAUAAUAUAGUUAGCACACUUCAUGGGCAUGAUCAUUUAUAAAUACAGUACCCAAUUACCUCUGAAAAUGAGUCACUAUGAACAACUUUACACAAUUGAUAUUUACAUAAUUUAAUAGUGCUUAUUUCACUUCCCUAAAGACAGCACAUAUGAUGCAAUUGCACAUGCAGGUUAGCUUAACUUUCUUGAAACAGCUUAAUGUAUAUUGAUAUUCACAAAUGCUUGAAAAAAUAACUUGUAACUAUAGUACUGUAUUUGAAGAAAUAGACAUUAUCUGUUCA